AUGGAUAAUAAUAAUGGCCGUCAUCGACAUGGCAGUUCUAUUAUGUUUCUUGACGAGUUUCGAGCACUGUUUAUCAAAACAUUUCUUUUAACUAUAAGAAAACCGGGUCAAACCAUCGCCGAAAUUUUAUUAGCAUAUACAUUUAUGGGUUUUCUACUUGGUAUGCGCUAUAUUCUUGAUCGGCAGUAUAAUACGGCUUAUCAAAUUCCACGUUUUCGACCACAAGAUAUGUUAUCAAUAAGUGGCGCUGGUAAUAGUAUUUAUUAUUAUCCAGAAAAUAUUUGUGCGAAAACAAUUGUCAACAAUACUGUAGAUAAUCUAAGAAUACGAUGGCCUAGUUUUCCUAAUAGAACCCAAGUGAUACCUGAUCCAACACUUUCAACAUUGUCGAAUACAACUUUACAAUCAAUCAUUGCUUAUAUUCAAUUUACUAAUCUCGAUCUAUGUACAAGUCCAUCAGCGAUGCCAGAUGAAGUUAAAUACACUCUACGCAUGCAAGAAAAUGGUCCAAACUAUUUUCACGCUCAGUCUGUAAAAAUUUCACCAAAUGAUUAUCUAUGGAAACGUGCUCCCGAAGAUUUCUGUCAAGACAUUUCCAGUAUCAAUUUAUAUAUUUCACAAUUUGUUGGUAUUCAAUAUUUCAUAGAUAUGUCAAUUAUUCAAUAUGUUACAAAUGCCGCUCAAAACCUAUCAUCUAGUAUUUUCUUGAAUCAUUUUGGUUGUCCUGAAUACUAUGCGGAUCAAUUACAUUCAGUUUAUGGCUUUUUCAUUCCUAUAUUUUUCUCGAUUAUUUUUCUUGUUACAUUCAUCAUGAAUGUUGGUUAUAUUGUUAACGAAAGAGAAAAUAAGACUAAGGAAUAUUUACGUAUCUAUGGUCUUCGUACAUGGCUCAAUAAUUUAGUAUGGAUGAUACGGUCGAUGCUAAUAUUUUUUGUUCUUUCUGGAGUUGUAACAGGAUUAAGCAUAAUGGUUCUACCGAGUGGUAAUGCAGGAAAUAAUAGUGUUCGUAAAGCUAUAUUUAAUUAUGCACAUUGGACAUUGAUUUGGACGAUUCUAUUUGUAUAUUCAAUACAAGUUUCAGCUUUUAGCGUUUUCUUUGGACAAUUUUUUAAAAAUCCAUUUCUUGCCAAAUUAAUUGCCUUUGCUGUAUGGGUAGUAACAUUGAUUGAUUUUUAUCCUGGCGUAUCAGUUGGCGUACGAUAUUUUUUAUGUUUAUUUCCGAAUACGGGGCUCAUGUUUUGUUUACAAGUUGUUUUACAAUAUGAACGGGACGGUAGUAGAAUUUUCUGUUCAUUGAAAAAUGAAAAUAAACAAUUUUUAGGUGGUAUGGCAACAUUUAAACAAAUGUAUUCAAAUGAAUUUGCAAAUCCGUUGUAUAUUGGUGUUUGCCUUAUUUUGAUGCUUAUCUAUUCGGUAAUUUACUUUCUAUUGGCAAUUUAUGUUGAACGUGUAAAUCCGGGUGAAUUUGGAGUGUCACAACCGUGGAAUUAUCUAUUUAAAAAAUCCUAUUGGAAGCCUCAGAAAACAUCGAGCGUUCAGCCAUUUGAUAAUUGUGAUAUUUUAGCCUAUAAAAAUAAUGGAAUUUAUGGUAGUAAUUGUUGGAUUGAAUUAAAUACAAUUGUAGAUUCAGCGAUACCGUCAUUAACAGUAUCAAAUUUAUCAAAAAAAUUUGGAAAAAUUCAAGCCGUCUCAGAAUUAUCAUUGAAAUUUUAUAAAGGAGAAGUUUGCACUCUAUUAGGUCACAAUGGUGCCGGAAAAACAACAACAACAUUUAUACUUGUUGGUAUGUUAGAACCAACAUCAGGUCACGUUACUAUUGAAGGAUUAGAUAGCCGAAUGCAUAUUGAACAAAUUCGAAAGAUUCUUGGUUUUUGCCCACAAUAUGAUAUUCUUUAUGAUGAUUUGUCCGUGCAAGAACAUCUAGAAUUAAUUGGAAAGAUACGCCAUAUGGAACCAACGCACAUGAAUGAAUCCAUUGAAACAAUCAUUCGUCUAAUUGGAUUAGUCAGCGAUCGACAAACAUUAUCAAAGAAACUAUCCGGUGGUAUGAAACGUCGUUUAUCAAUUGGCAUUUCAUUGAUGGGCGAUCCAAAAGUUUUAAUUCUCGAUGAACCAACAAGUGGGAUUGAUCCAUAUAAUCGUCGUUUAAUUUGGACCAUCAUUCGUAAAAUGAAAGAAGCUGGGAAAUGUAUUAUUCUAACAACUCAUUUUCUUCAAGAAGCUGAUGCUUUAUCUGAUCGUAUUGCUAUUAUGUCACAUGGCUGUCUUCAAGCCAAUGGAACACCUGAAUUUCUUAAAAAUCGAAUAGAUUUUGAAUAUCGUUUAUUUAUCGCGAAAAAUGAAACCUAUCAAAAUGAACGUAUAACUGCAUUCAUUCAAAGAUACAUACCAAUGAUUGCAUUAGAACGUGAAUCUAUAUCGGAAAUGAUUUUUGGUAUAAGACGGACUGAAUCUAAAUAUAUUGGAAAAUUGAUUCAUGCCUUAGAUGCAGUAAGUACAGAUAUAGGCAUUGAAAGUUACGGAUUAUCAAUGACGACAAUUGAAGAAGUUUUUCUAAAAUUAAUUCAAGAAGAUGAACAGGGAAAAACGAAUUACCAAAGUCAAACUCAAACAAGACUAGAUCUAGCAAAUAAAAUUUUCCGUGCUGAAUAUGAAUAUGAGCAAGGCGUACGUCGAUUUUGUUGUCGAAUUUGUGCACUGCUUAUAAAACGCUGGCAUGUUUUACGUCGACAAUAUGUUUUUUUAUUUGGCUUUUUCCUCGUUCCUAUCUUAAUGGAAAUUUUAAUUGUCAGUGUUUUCCCAUCACCGCAAGAUAUUCAAGCAUCACUAGUACAAAACAAUCGAGUUAUAGGUGCACAAGUUACAUUACUACCAUCAAUAUAUAAUCCACAUACUAUUGUGAUCUAUUCCAAUGACAGUACAAUGACAGCUCAAAUACGUUUCCUUGAUUAUAUUCAAAAUACCGGUGCAACUAUUGAGCAAAUAUCUACCAAUAAUGCAAUUAAGUAUGUGACCGAUGAAUGUUCAACAAAUGAGCAAUUCUUUAUCAAUAAAUAUCAAAUCGGCUUUGCACUUUAUAAUAAUCUUACGACGUCUUUAAUAUUUGAUAGCUAUUUUUCAACAGUAAACUAUCAUGCAAUGGCGACCAGUCUUAGUGCUGCGUCAACAAGUCUAUUUCAAUUCUAUGCAAAUUCUUCAGCUAAGAAAAUUAUAACAACUAAUCAACCAAUAAUAACAUCGACAACAGCAUAUGCAACUUUACAACGAUUUUUUGAACUUAUCUAUUGUUUUGAUACAAUACCAUUGGCAUUAUUUAAUUUUUUGAACAGUAUUCUUGCAGCACUAUUCAUUAGUAUUCUGAUUGUACCAUCCAUUCAAGAACGCAUCAAUCAUUCAAAAGAUUUACAAUUAUUAACGAAUUUAACUAAAAAAACUUACUGGUUUUCAAAUAUAACAUUUGAUUUAUUGGCGUGCUUUUUACUUUGUACUCUAUUAACAACUAUCGUUAGGAUCGGUUCUCUUGCUAAUCCAAAUGUAGAAUCGGAAGUUCAUAUAUAUAUAAAUUCAGAGCAAAUGGGAUAUUUUUUUCUAAUGAUUAUUAUGUAUUCAUUGGCUUCGUUACCACUCAUUUAUGUUUAUUCAUUUAGUCCCCGAUCUGAAUUAAUUGGUUUUAUUAACUUCUUUGUUGUUAAUACUGUUGCUUGUUUUUUUGAUAUGGUAUUGGCAUUUAUUGCAGUAUUUUCACAAGGACAAUCAACAAGCACAACUCGUGUUGCACGAUUAACUUCGAUUGUAAAUUUAAUUCGCUGGGUUAUUGCAGCUUUUUUCCCUUGUGUCAAUUAUAAACGUGCAUUAUAUAAUAUUCGUUUAAAAUCAAACCAAGAAUGUGUUUCGGCCGUCAAUUCCCUUAUGCUUACUAAUGAUUCAGUGACUGAGCCAUGGAUGUCAACUCAUGAACCGGGUGUCGGUAGUCAAUUUAUUAUUUUUUGUAUUCAAAUCUUUUUUUGGUCAAUGAUUUUAAUUUUAAUCGAGUCCGGAACUAAUAUUAAACUAGGAUGUCGACGAUGUUGUGGUCGUAAAAAUGAUCUAGCAGAAACAGAUACUAGAAGUCCAUUGGACGAUGUCGAAGGUGCAAUAACAAAACAAUGGAAUGAUGAGAAUCUCGAUGAAGAUGUUCGCAAUGAACGUCGAUUGUUAAAAGAAGAAGCUAAUCUAUUGGCAUCAUCGGUUAUUCUUGUUCGUGAUCUUGUAAAACGCUUUAAAAAACGUAAAGAAAAAUCAUUACAUCGACGCAUUUUUACAGCUGUGGAUCAUCUCAAUUUUCAUGUUACACAUCGAUCUUGUUUUGGUUUAUUAGGCACGUAUAAUAUCAGAGCAAAUGGUGCUGGUAAAACAACAACAUUUCGUAUGUUAAUCAAUGAUUUGAAAUCUACAUCGGGUGAAAUUAUUAUCAAUGGAAAAGAUAUAAAUAAGAAGGAAAGAGAUCUCGAUAUUGGUUUUUGUCCACAAUUCGAUUGGUUAAUCAAUGAUCUCACUGUUAUUGAAAUAUUACUCCUGUUUGCUAGAUUAAAAGGUUUGAAAUGGUCGGAAAUACCAACAAUGUGUAAUCAUAUGAUUGAAUUAUUUGGUCUCGAUAUUUAUGAAACUCGAAAAAUACGAAACUUAAGCGGUGGAAAUAAACGAAAAGUAAGUGCAGCAUUAGCAUUUAUAGCUAAUCCAUCAUUAGUGCUCCUCGAUGAACCGACAACAGGUUUAGAUGCAGCCGCUAAACGGAAAUUGUGGGAUGUCAUUCGAGCAGCUCGCGAUGCUGGUCUCACUAUUAUUUUGACAAGUCAUAGCAUGGAAGAAUGUGAAGCACUAUGUACAAAAAUUGGUAUUAUGAAAUUAGGACAAUUUAUGUGCCUUGGAAAUUUACAAAGAUUGAAGAAUCGUUUCGGAAAUGGUUAUGUUGUACAAGUCAAACUACCCUUGCAGGAUAUAGAAAUAUUCAAACAAGAAUUAAUGUUAACUCUACCCGGUGUUCAAAUUGACGAACAACAUAAUGGAAUCCUAUUUUGUACGGUGCCAUUUUCGUCGAUUAGUCCUGCUCAGAGUCAUGCAAGUUCAAGUUCCUCGAGACUAGCACAUGUCUUCGAUUUAUUUCACAAGAAAAAAGAAGAAAAAUCCAUUGAAAGUUACUCCAUAACACAAACAACGCUCGAACAAAUAUUUAUUCAUCUUUCUGGAGAAGAUCAAUAUAUUAAUACAGAUGAAAAAAAAAAUAAAUGA